GGAACAUGGACAAACGCUUUACCGUGGACAGCAUCUCAGUGAAGGUGCUCUACUGCGUGAUUACACCCCUACUCCCCUACAAGAUUCUACCCGACAAGCUCCGCGUGACAGGCGCCGGCAUGAUCAAGCCCAACAUCAACCAUGCGGACAAGGACUGCUUCGAAAAUUUGCUCAUCGAUUUUAAGCUCUUGGCUGUGAACACAUUCAGCAGGUUGGCAGAUGGCGGCAAGGAGGACGACACCUUCCGGUUGAGCUGGAGGUUCCGCUCCGGCCUUAUCGAGUGGCCCAUCUGGAAGUGCAAACUUUUACAGCAGCAGGUCAGAGCAAACCCCGAGAUUGCAGAGAACUUCAGGAACGAGCUCGGCAAGGCCAUGCGUGAACUCCGCGAAUACUCGCCACAGCAGUUGAAUGACACUAUGCUCGCAGUGGGCCGCCAGGCCCGAGAUCAAGUCGAUGGUUCCAGUGCGGUGUUUGACCUCUUGAAGCGUGUAGCCCCCAAACAAGCUCGCAAAAGGACUCAGCUCCGCGAUGCCAGCGGCAAGCUGAUGACCCCACUUCAGGAGGCCGAGGCGCUUGCUACAUAUUGGAAGGGAGUCUGUGGGGACACCGACGGUGAGGACGACACGACCAGCACACGGACAAACCAGGCGCAGGCCACCUUGAUCAAACAC